UUUUUUUUUUUAUGAGAUAGAAUUUAAAGAAAUUAAACGAAGGAAUCGAUUUAAAGAUAAAGAUGAAACCAACGAAGACUAUUACUUUAAUAACAUGGGCGUUGUUAGCCUUGGCAGCUAGCGAAAGUAGAGCUCAUGCUAUUAAUAAUAAAUUUACCUCUACUUCAAACAUCUCAAGAAGUAAAGGAAAUUUUGGACCGGAACUUGCUCAUCGAUCAUAUGUAGUUCCAAAUUCGUUACGUACCACGAACCCUUCCAUUAACGCAUUAACAUCACCGAACGAAGAAUUAUCACCUCAAGAAAUUGCUAUCAAAUUCGUUAAAGAAAGCCUUCAUCCAGAUGCUGAUUUUAAAAUUAAAAAUAUAUAUAAAUCGGAACAUAACGGAAUUACUCAUGUAUAUAUUAAACAAAUUUAUAAUGGAUUAGAAGUUGUUAAUGGUGACUUAAAUGUCAACAUUGACAAAUAUGGUAGAGUAAUCUCUUAUGGUGAUAGUUUUGUUUUACCGCCAUCACUUGGUCAAAAUAAAUGUUCCGAUUUCUCUAAUCAACCUGAGGAAGAGAAUAUUUUUAUGAAAAAUGGAAAAUAUUUUAUCGCUUCUAAUUCUCGUCAAGUUUAUAUUUCUACUCGUCCUUUAGAUUUUUUAAACCAAGGAAAAAAGAAUGUAAAAGGUAGCGAUAAUCAUAAUACAGUUAAAUAUAAGGUUAAUGAUUCAGGAAAAACUAUAUCACCAUUUGAGGCAUUAAACUCGUUUUCAUCAUACAUUGAUAAACAAGCUAUUAAACCAGAAAAUUUACAAUAUUAUGAAUCAUUUGAUGAUCAAGGUUAUUUAAUGGUUGAAAAUGUUCCUUUCGCUUUAUCACCAGUUAAAAUUUCACAAAAUUAUAUUCAACUGGAUGAUAUGUCAUUGCAAUUGGUUUGGGACUUACAAAUUGAAAUGGAAAACAAUUGGUAUCAUGCACAUAUUAAUGCUAAUACAGGUGAAUUAAUUGCAUUGAUGGAUUGGGUUGCGGAUGCAACUUAUAAUGUAUUCCCAUUAGGUGUAAAUGAUCCUUUAGAUGGUGGUCGGGAAUUAGUUACUGAUCCUAAUGAUGUUAUUUCUUCACCUUAUGGUUGGCACAAUCAAGGGGAAAGAAAUUUUACCAAUACUAUUGGUAAUAAUGUUUAUGCUCAAGAAAAUUUAAAUGGAAGAUGGGAAUGGGAAAAUAAUUAUAGACCUGAGGGUACUGAAUUUUUAAUAUUUGAUUUCCCAUUGAAUUUAUCUGAUCCACCCAAAUCUUAUAUUGAUGUUGCCGUAACCAAUCUAUUCUACUGGAAUAACAUGGUUCACGAUUUGUUUUAUAGAUAUGGUUUUAAUGAAGUCGCUGGUAACUUCCAACAAUAUAACCAUGGUAAAGGUGGUAAAGAAGGAGAUCCAGUAAUUGCAAACGCACAAGAUGGAUCCGGAUUUAAUAAUGCUAACUUUGCCACACCUCCGGAUGGUCAACACGGUAAGAUGCGCAUGUACGUUUGGGACAUAUCUAAUCCAUGGAGGGAUGGUGAUUUAGAAUCAGGAAUUAUUAUCCAUGAAUAUUCCCAUGGAAUUUCCACUCGAUUGACAGGAGGACCAGCUAAUAGUGGAUGUUUAGGAUGGGGAGAAGCAGGUGGUAUGGGAGAGGGAUGGGGAGAUUUCUUUGCUACCAUUUUACGUAUGAAACCCGAAUUUAAUAGUACUAAAGAUUUUGGUAUGGGUAAUUGGGCUAAUGGCGAUAAUGGAAUAAGAAAAUAUCCUUAUUCUACUUCGAAGGUAACCAAUCCUGAAACAUAUAAAUAUGUAGAUAAACCUGAGUAUUGGGGUGUACAUGCUAAAGGAGAGGUUUGGGCAGAAAUAUUGUAUGAAGUAUAUUGGAACUUGGUAGAAAAACAUGGUUUUACAUUAGAAUGGUUCCCUCCUACGGUAGAUCAUGAUUCAUAUAAAUGGUAUACAACCAAAACAUCACCUGAUGGCCUUGAUACGCUUAAAUAUCCAAAACAUGGUAAUACAGUAGCAUUACAAUUGGUCGUUGAUGGUAUGAAAUUACAACCAUGCCGUCCAUCAUUUAUUGAUGCGCGUGAUGCAAUAAUUCAAUCCGAUGAAAUUUUAACCAAUGGCGAAAACAAAUGUGAACUUUGGAAAGGUUUUGCAAAACGUGGUCUUGGUAUUAAAGCUAAAAUUAUUGGUUCAAAUCCUUGGGGUGGACUUCAUGAAGAAGAUUUCCAUGUUCCUGUAGAUUGUGAAAAUAGUCCUGAUGAUGAAAUUUAAAGUAGACAUAUUCUUUUUUUUUUUACAUAGUGUAGUAGUAAAGUUUGUCUCAUGUUACAUAAUUUUUCAAUUUUUUCUUUCAAUAAAUUAUAUAUGAAGUUUGAAAGUUAAUUAAAUAA